CCGCCUGAGCCGGCGGGCGGCGCGGCACGUCGCGGCGGCGGGGCCCUUCCGGGCGCCGCUCCCCUCUCGCUGCGGCUCGUCCGCGGCAGCGGGCCGGGCGCGCCAUGGACAGGCCGGUGGCGGCGGUGGCGGCGGCGGCGGCGGCGGCUGGCAGCGAGGGCGGCGGGGGCCCGGGCCCGGGCCCGGCGGGCGGCAGGAAGCCCCCUCGGGGCGCUGGGGGCCCCGCUGCCGGCUCCCGGCAGCCCAGCGUGGAGACCCUGGACAGUCCUACAGGAUCACAUGUUGAAUGGUGUAAACAGCUUAUAGCUGCUACAAUUUCUAGUCAGAUUUCAGGUUCAGUGACGUCAGAAAAUGUAUCCAGAGACUACAAGGAGAUUCGGGAAGAGCACAAUGGCUACCCUUCCGAAGCCGAAGCUGAUCAGGCCCUAAGAGAUGGAAAUAAGCUGGCACAGAUGGAAGAAACGCCACUUUUUCCAGGAGAAUCCAUCAAGGCCACUGUGAAAGACGUCAUGUAUAUCUGCCCAUUUAUGGGCGCAGUAAGUGGAACCCUGACUGUGACGGACUUCAAGAUGUACUUCAAGAAUGUAGAGAGGGACCCGAAUUUUGUCCUCGAUGUUCCCCUUGGCGUGAUCAGCAGAGUUGAGAAGAUUGGCGCGCAGAGCCACGGGGACAAUUCCUACGGGAUAGAGAUCGUGUGCAAGGAUAUGAGGAACUUGCGACUUGCUUAUAAGCAGGAAGAACAGAGUAAACUUGGGAUAUUUGAAAACCUCAACAAACUUGCAUUUCCUCUUUCCAAUGGGCAGACACUCUUUGCAUUCAGCUACAAAGAAAAAUUUCCCAUGAAUGGGUGGAAAGUUUAUGAUCCUGUAUCUGAAUACAAGAGACAGGGCUUGCCAAACGAGAGCUGGAAAAUAUCGAAAGUGAACAGUAACUAUGAGCUCUGUGACACCUACCCAGCUGUCAUUGUUGUGCCAACUAGUGUGAAAGAUGAUGACCUUUCAAAAGUGGCAGCCUUCCGAGCAAAAGGCAGAGUCCCGGUUUUGUCGUGGAUCCAUCCAGAAAGUCAGGCAACGAUUACCCGUUGCAGCCAGCCACUGGUGGGUCCCAACGACAGACGCUGCAAAGAAGACGAAAAAUACUUGCAAACGAUCAUGGACGCCAACGCGCAGUCCCACAAGCUUAUCAUCUUCGAUGCCCGGCAGAACAGCGUCGCCGACACGAACAAGGCCAAGGGUGGAGGGUACGAAAGUGAAAGCGCUUACCCCAACGCAGAGCUCGUGUUCUUGGAGAUCCACAACAUCCACGUGAUGAGAGAGUCCCUGCGCAAACUGAAGGAGGUCGUGUACCCUUCCAUUGAUGAGGCACGGUGGCUCUCCAGCGUGGACGGGACGCACUGGCUGGAGUAUAUAAGGAUGCUUCUUGCUGGGGCAGUAAGGAUCGCCGAUAAGAUAGAGUCUGGGAAAACGUCGGUGGUGGUGCACUGCAGCGAUGGCUGGGACCGGACCGCCCAGCUGACGUCUCUGGCGAUGCUGAUGUUGGACAGUUACUACCGCACCAUUAAAGGCUUCGAGGCGCUCAUAGAAAAGGAGUGGAUAAGCUUCGGACAUAGGUUUGCGCUGAGAGUGGGCCACGGCAACGACAACCAUGCAGAUGCUGACCGAUCCCCUAUAUUUCUUCAGUUCAUUGAUUGUGUUUGGCAAAUGACAAGACAGUUUCCGUCGGCAUUCGAGUUUAACGAGCUGUUCUUGAUCACCAUUUUGGACCAUCUAUAUAGCUGUCUCUUCGGGACUUUUUUGUGCAACUGUGAACAGCAACGGUUCAAAGAGGAUGUAUAUACGAAGACUAUAUCUUUAUGGUCCUAUGUCAAUAGCCAGCUUGAAGAAUUUUCUAAUCCUUUCUUUGUGAAUUAUGAAAACCACGUCUUGUAUCCUGUUGCUAGUCUGAGUCACUUGGAACUAUGGGUAAACUACUAUGUGCGCUGGAACCCACGAAUGCGGCCUCAGAUGCCCGUCCACCAGAAUCUCAAGGAGCUGCUGGCCAUCAAGGCGGAGCUGCAGAAGCGCGUGGAGGACCUGCAGCGGGAGUUGGCCACGCGCGCCUCGUCCUCAUCCGAGCGGGGCUCCUCGCCGUCCCACUCGGUCACCCCCGUCCACACCUCCGUCUGAGGGGCGCCCAAGGCCAGCAUUCGUGGUGACUCCGGCCGGCCAGGACCUCCCGCUCAGCGACUCAGGCACGGGAUGGUAGCUCGUGAUCUUGUCUUUUAGGAUUAGGCCCGAUGUCCUCCUAGUCUGGAUGGCACUUCCCACCGGCGACCGUUUGUGUGGCUAGGUGACCACUCCCACUGUCAUCAAGUGCUUUGUUUCGUGAACCAUUUCCCUCCGGUCCAUGCUCUGCUGCGACGGCCAACUCGCCGCGGCCCCGGGGGUGGGCGCGAGGUGUAGGGGUAAGGGGUCCCCCGUUUCUUUCCGAGGUAAGCCCUUCAUUUCCAGACCCCCAGUCCCUUACAGAACGCGC